UGAUAGCGUGACAUGACUGGGCGCCGAACAAAUCGUUACAGCAACGAUCUUGGGUUAAGGCUUACAAUCGACAUCGUGGCUCAAGUUGGGCCGUUCGGUGCGGGCAUAGUGAGCUAUUGUACCCGCGCGCACAUGUGUGCAUGGACGAGAAGCUAUUCCAGCUUUCAUCAGCACCGACGUCAAACAAACUACAGUGCGCCGCCAUGUCGCCGGGCUGCGCUUGGGAGAGAAACUCCCGCACCAGAUCGGAAACUAUUAGCCAUUUUGCGGCGCUGCGCCCCUGGAUAAUCAUUCCACUCGCUCCCUUGACCCCUCGUUUCUCUCCCUGUCCUUCCCUCCUCCUCUCCAUUCCGUUCCCUUGGCCCAAGUUGAGUCUGCUUCCCCCGCGAAGAGGGGGGAGGAGGAGGAGGAGGAGGAGGAGGAGGAGGAGGAACAGGAGGGAGAUGGCCGCAGCGGGGUGGAGCCACACGGUGCUGCUGCGGAGCGAUGGCGCGGCCGUGGCGUGCGGCUUUAACGGCCAGGGGCAGUGCGACCUCCCUGCUCUGGAAGCAGGCCUGACAUACGCCCAGGCUGCUGCGGGGAACUUCCACACAGUCAUGCUGCGGAGCGACGGCGCCGCCGUGGCGUGCGGCGACAACGAGAACGGCCAGUGCGGCCUCCCGGACCUGGCCGCGGGCCUGAGCUACGUGCAAGUCGCCGCGGGGUUCUUCCACACGGUGCUCCUUCGGAGCGAUGGCACGGCCGUGGCCUGCGGCCCCAUAUACGGCGCGCGGUGCCGCCUGCCGGCUCUGAAUGCGGGCCUGACUUACGUUCAGGUUGCUGCCGGCUCCGGCCACACCGUUCUGCUUCGCAGCGACGGCGUCGCCGUGGCCUGCGGGUACAACAGCGAGGGGCAGUGCUGCCUCCCAGCCCUGAACGCGGGCCUGACUUACGUGCAGGUUGCCGCGGGAAGGAGUCAUACAGUGUUGCUCCGGAGCGAUGGCACGGCUGUCGCCUGUGGAGACAAUCGUGAGGGGCAGUGUGAUCUCCCUCUUUUGGAUGGGGGUCUGACUUACGCGCAGCUGGGAGCAGGAUAUGGCUUUACAGUUCUGCUGCGGAGCGAUGGCACGGUUGUGGCGUGCGGCAACAACGAUGCGGGACAGUGCAGCUUCCCGGCCUUGCCUGCAGGCCUGACGUAUGUGCAGGUGAUCGCGGGGCAUUUCCAUACGAUUCUGGUUCGAAGCGACGGGGAGUGUGUGGCCUGUGGUAAGAAUGACGUAGGACAGUGCGACCUACCCGCCUUGGACGAAGGUCAGGUUUACGGUUUGCCAGCGCUAGUCUUGGAGGCGUCGGCAUCCUCUGACGGUGGUUCGAUUGUCUUCAACACCUUCAGUGGGGAGGAGGUGGCCCGAAUCAGAGCAGCACCCACCGAUCGUUCUGUGACGAAUCUGCUAGAUCUCCCGCUUGCACGUGUUCUGGGAGUAAAGUUCGCGAGAGCUGACAUUGUCUUACCGGGGGGCGCGCUACUGAGCAGCAUCCCGAAGCAGGAGACAGUCGCAAGCGCCUUCAGGCUCGCUCCAGAUUGCCGUGCGAUGGAAGGAGCAGAGAUAUGCGCAUGCUAAUGCGACAGUAAGCACAGUUGCUGGCAUCACCGCGGCAGUCCUCUUUCCAAUUUGAGCCAUGGCUCCUCAUCUUCCUCCUUCUCCUCUUUGUCUGUCUGUGGGCACCGCCAAGAGCAUGCGGCAUCUUGUGCAAAAAGGUUGGCACCUGGUGUACGCGACUGGAGGCUGGAGGUGUGAG